UUAAAUUUUUAAAACAUUUUGGAUGCGUUUUGGAACGUGUAUAUACUAAUUUCCUGGGAUCAUUAUUACAAAUGCGGCCCUUCUGUUGGUAGUGUUAAAGGGAGUAGGACUGUUGCACGAAGGGAAUAAACCGAUUGGUCUUCUAGGAAUAUACACAAGUAUAUUUCAAAACAUUCGACAAUGUCUACUAUUGCACAGUUUAAAGAAUGUUCCAGACUUGCAAAAAUGCAAACUGCCAAAGAACUUUAUGGUGGGAAACAAUACAAGGAAGCAUUAAAAGAGUACAGUGAACUUAUUGAAUUAUAUCCAAAUACACCACUACUUUAUGCAAACAGAGCUGCAUGUUACAUGAUGCUUGACAAAUAUCCUCCUGCCUUGAAAGAUGCAAAGAAAUGUAUUGAAUUGGAUCCAAAAAUAUACAAAGCUUAUGUAAGAAUUAUAAAAUGUUGCUUGAUUUUGGGUGACAUAGUUCAAGCUGAGACUACUUUAUCCAAGUUAUUAGAGAUUGAUCCCGAGAAUAAAGGCAUUACCACAGAGAAAAAAGACUUAGAAUAUGUGAAAAAAUUUCUUAAGGAUGCAGAUGCUGCAUAUAAUGCUAAAGAUUAUCGUAAGGUUGUAUAUUGUAUGGAUCGUUGUUGUGAUGUAAGUAAUCGUUGCACAAGAUUUAAAUUAACUAAAGCAGAAUGUUUGGUAUUCUUGGGGAGGUAUCAGGAAGCACAGGAAAUAGCAAAUGAUAUCUUACAUCUUGAUAAGCAAAAUGCAGAUGCUAUAUAUGUUCGUGCUAUGUGCCUAUAUUUCCAAGAUAAUAUUGACAGAGCAUUUGCACACUUCCAACAAGUACUUAGAUUGGCUCCAGACCAUGCUAAAGCAUUAGAAAUAUAUAAGCGAGCUAAGAAUUUGAAAAAAAAAAAGGAAGAAGGAAAUGCUGCUUAUGAAAUGGAACAAUAUUUGAAAGCAUAUCAAUUAUAUACAGAAGCUUUGACUAUAGAUCCGCAAAAUAUAGUAACAAAUGCAAAACUCCAUUUUAAUAAAGCAACAGUCGCAGCAAAGUUAAAUCGAUUAAAUGAAUCGGUAACAGAAUGUACGGAAGCAUUGAAACUCGAUGAAAAGUAUCUUAAAGCACUCUUGAGAAGAGCAGCUUCUUAUAUGGAGCUCAAAGAAUAUGAAAAAGCUGUUCGUGAUCUUGAAAAAGCAUAUAAAAUGGAUAAAAGUUCAGAUAACAAACGAUUGUUAAUGGAAGGUAAAUUGGCAUUAAAAAGAUCAAAGAGGAAAGAUUACUACAAGAUUUUAGGUAUUGAUAAGAAUGCAUCUACUGAUGAUAUCAAAAAAGCAUAUAGGAAACGAGCGAUGGUACAUCAUCCUGACCGACACCCUAACGCAACAGAAGGAGAAAAGAAAGAACAAGAAAAGAAGUUUAAAGAAGUUGGGGAAGCCUAUGGUAUUCUAUCUGAUCCUAAGAAACGGUCGCGUUACGAUAGUGGACACGACAUUGAUGAUGCUGAAGGUGGAUUCCAAGAUAUCGAUCCAAAUGUAGUGUUUCAAACAUUCUUUCAACAUGAUGGUUAUCAAUUUCGUGCAGACAGUUAUACUUUCCACUUUGGUUAACAGCAUUCCAAGGAUAUGUUUUUUUCUACUGUCUUAAUGUUUCAAAAGAUCAUUGCAUUCUAGAGAUGAAUAUAUUGGAUUUGUUUAUCUUCCAUUCAUAGCACCUCCCGUAUUAUCAGGUAGCAUAAAUAAUAUAUAUAAACCUAUUAGAGAGAUAUAGUUUUAUAUAUUUAUUUAAAUAACUGUAAAUAUGUCUUAUAUGGUAUUCUGAUAUAUAUGUAGAGUUUUUUGCAAUAAGUGUGAAUGAAUAUUGAAAAUCAUAUCAGUGAUAGAUAUGUUUCUGACAAAGUAUAUACUUGUAUUGAUAUAGGUACUUAUGAAAAUUACAUUAUAAGUUAUUUUCUCUUACUCUAUUCAGUGAUGUUAAAAAGUAUGCUAAAUAACAUAGCAAUUAAUCAAUUUCCACAAGUUACUUUAUAUAUUAUACAAUGUUUAAAUUAUCUUUGGAAUGAUAAAUGAUCUUAUACACGUCUUUCUGUAGAAAUAUAUGUUACAUUGAAUGUCGUUAUAUUAAGCAAUAAAUUCUUGAAAAAGCAUACGAUCUUCAUUUAUAGUUACUGAAGCAUAGAGUUAAGGAAAUAACUGAACAAAAUAAGAAAAAUUAUAUUAAACAUGAGCAUUACUUCGGGAUUUAAAAAACAAGAAAAUAUGUUAAAUAUCUUAUUUGUUCCUUGAUCAAAAAGUAACAUUGUUCAUACAGUAUAAUCGUUAAAAUAAAAGAACUUGCUCGCUA